GGAGCAUCUUCCUUCGUUCAGUGGUCGAAGGAACAUUAGCUGAAGAGUUGAAAAAAAAUAUUCAACAUGCUGAGAGAGUUGUUGGUACUGGCCCUGACAGGCUUCUGCCUGACUCAGGCACUGGGCAUUGAGACUCACACCGCUGACAUGGACUUCCUCCACAAGCAGAAAAAAAUCUACGAACUUUUCUUCUACAUCGAUCAGCCCAAGCUCAUUGGCAGUGAAUUCUACGAAGUUGGACGCACCUAUGACAUCGAGCAGAACAUUGACCUGUACAAGGACAAGAUGGUCGCCCGUGAGUUCCUCUACAGAUUCAAACUGGGGAUGCUCCGCAAGGGUGCCCUCUUCUCCGUAUACUACCAAGAACACCGCGAGGAACUCCGCGCUCUCUUCAAACUGUUCUACUACGCCAAGGACUUUGCGACCUUCUACAAGACCGCAAGCUGGGCUCGUCUCUACAUGAACGAGGGAAUGUACAUCAUGGCCCUCACCACUGCUGUCAUGUACAGGCAAGACUGCAAAUACAUUGCCCUGCCACCCAUGUACGAAGUCUACCCUCACCUCUUCUUCAAUAACGAAAUCAUUCAGGAUGCUCAGCGUAUCAAAAUGACUGGAUACAAGAAGGAAGUGGGUACUGGCAACGUGGAGACAUUCUUGAUCAACACCAACUACACAACCUCCUUCAUGAAAUACUUUUCGGACAAGGAGUACCAGCUGGACUACUUCUACGACGAUGUCGGUCUCAACAACUACUACUACUACAUCCGUACCAUCUUCCCAUUCUGGGUGAGCCUGAAGGACCUGGAAGUGCCCAAGCAAAUCCGUGGAGAGCUGUACUACUACGUCCACCAGCAGCUGAUGGCCCGUUACUACUUGGAGCGUCUGAGCAACGGAUUCGGUGAGAUUGAGGACUUCAACAUGUACAAGAAAUUCGCCCCCGGCUACUUCUCCACCCUGGUCUACGCCAACGGUGUUGCCCAGCCAAGCCGCGAUCGUUACAGCGAAGUGCCAGUAUACAAGUACAAAUACGUCAAGGAGAUCCGCAACAUCGAGUCACGAAUCCUAGCGGCCAUUGACUCUGGCUUCAUCAUGGACAGGGAAGGCAAGCAGUACAGCCUGUACUCCCACGAGGGAUUGAACUACCUGGGUAACCUCAUCGAGGGCAACGGCGACUCCUGCAACACACGUUUCUACGGUGCCAUCGACGCCCUCUACAGGGACAUCUUCGGCUUCAACUACGACUGCAAGCAGAAGAACUGCAAAGUACCAAGUGCCCUUCAACUAUUCAGCACGAGUCUUCGUGACCCAGCAUUCUACCGCCUGUACAAGAGAAUCAUCGGCUACUUCUACAGAUACAAGUGCAACCUGCCAACCUACACCAAGGGCGACCUGGAGUUCUCCGGUGUCUACAUCGAGGACGUCAAGCUAGACAAACUCUACACAUUCUUCGAGGAGUACGACUACCUGAUCAACAACGCCGUGACUGUCGACAACUACAAGGAUGGCAUGAACUUCAACAUGAAGGCAAGGAAGUACCGUCUCAAUUACAAACCAUUCACGUACACAAUUGAUGUCAAGAGCGAGAGAACCACCAAGGGUAUGGUGCGCAUCUUCCUGGGACCAUCAUACGAUGACAGAUUCUUCAAGGAACAGACUUACUUCUACUACAACUGGUACAACUUCGUUGAAGUGGACAAAUUCAUGGUCGAACUGAAGACUGGCAUGAACACGAUUGAGCGCAAGAGCACAGAGAGCAGUCUCACAGCCAAGGACAUCUUCAGUGGUGAGAAAUUCUACAAGAAACUCCUCAAGGCUGUCGAAGGAAACGAGCCAUUCACAUACACCAACAAAAUGUACGGCUUCCCAGACAAUCUGUACCUUCCCAAGGGUCGCGUUGGUGGUUAUCCAUUCAAACUCUUCGUCUACAUCUACCCCAUCGAUGAGGCUAAGCUCACCACCUACGACAUCCCACUCUUCGGCAAGAUGCUCUACGACGGCAAACCAUUCGGCUUCCCACUGGACAGACCCAUGUAUCCAUGGUAUUAUGACCUCAAGAACAUGUACUUCAGGGAUGUAUACGUCCACUACAUGAACGAGAACAUCGAGGGCUACCAGUACCAGAAGGAAAAACACUUCGCCGAGAAAUACGAGACUUAUGGCCACCAGUACCCCAAGUACGAGAAGUACGAGAAGUACGACAAGUACUAUGGAAAACACGAGACCUACCCCGUGGGCAUUGAGAAGACAUUGUUCUAAUCGUGACUGUUAAUUGAUAAUUAUGUUGAUGAUUUUGAAUCUACCGUGAGCCAUUGUAUAAUGAAUUUUUCGGAGAAAUAAAAAAUAUUAUUCAAGUUUAA